AUGUUCGCUUCUCUAUUGAACCGCGGAGCCCUGUCGCUCGCGGUUGUGUCGCUCCUGGCGUCCUCUGCUGCGGCGGACCUCUUUGAGAGUCUCGCCGGUGUCCCCGAUGGAUGGCGGCUGUCUCGUGCCCCGCGUGGGGACCAACCCAUUAAGCUGCAGGUUGCUCUGGCCCAGGGCAACCCGUCUGGAUUCGAGAAUGCCGUGAUGGAAAUGUCGACCCCCGACCACCCGAACUAUGGCAAACACUUCCAAACCCACGAUGAGAUGAAGCGCAUGCUGCAGCCGCGUGGUGAGUCGGUUGACGCCGUGCGCGACUGGCUGAAGAGCGCUGGUAUCACCGACAUUGAGCAAGACGCCGACUGGAUGACCUUCCACACCGAUGUCAAGACGGCCAACGAGCUGCUGAGCGCCAACUUCCAGUACUACGCCAAUAAGGUCAUGGAUGUGGAGCGUCUCCGCACGCUGGAAUACUCGGUCCCCAAGUCGGUCAUCCCGCAUAUCCACAUGGUCCAGCCCACGACACGCUUCGGUCAGCUGCAUGCCGACCGUGCCACGCUGCACAGUAAGGCCAAGGUUGUCGACGAAGCUUUCAGGAAGGCGGCCAUGUCGUCGGACACCGACUGCAACGAGAUCAUCACGCCCGAAUGUCUCAAGACCCUGUACAAGAUUGGCAACUACAAGGCCGACAAGAACUCUGGCAGUACGAUUGGCUUCGCUAGCUUCCUGGAGCAGUAUGCGCGCUAUGCCGACCUGGCGUUGUUUGAGGAGACAGUUGCCACGUCGGCCAAGGGCCAGAAUUUCAGCGUCAAGACGUUCCACGGUGGCAAGAACGACCAGAACUACAAGGGUGACAGCAGCGAGGCCAACCUCGACCUACAGUACAUUGUCGGUGUCAGCUCGCCUCUCCCGGUUACGGAAUACAUCACCGGCGGUCGCGGCCAGCUCGUCCCCGAUCUGGACCAGCCUGACCCCAAGAAGAACAACAAUGAGCCGUACCUGGACUUCCUGCAGGCUAUCCUCAAGCUGGACAAGGAAGACCUGCCGAAGGUUCUCUCGACCUCGUACGGCGAGGACGAACAGAGCAUUCCUAAGAAAUACGCCCUGAGCGUGUGCAACCUUUAUGCGCAGCUCGGCAGCCGCGGUGUGUCGGUGAUCUUUUCGUCCGGAGACUCGGGUGUCGGCGCCGCAUGCCAGACCAAUGACGGCAAGAACACCACCCACUUCCCGCCUCAGUUCCCGUCCUCCUGUCCGUGGGUGACCUCGGUUGGCGCGACGAAAAACAUCAAGCCCGAAAAGGCUACGUAUUUCUCGUCGGGCGGCUUUUCAGACCUAUUCGGACGGCCCAAGUACCAGGACGAGGCUGUCAAAGGAUAUCUGAAGGGGCUGGGCAAGAAGUGGUCCGGUCUGUACAACUCCUCGGGCCGCGCAUUCCCAGAUGUCGCAGCCCAGGGCGAGAACUUCGCCAUCUAUGAGAAGGGCUCGAUCUCCAGCGUCGACGGCACGUCAGCUGCGGCGCCCGCUUUUGCCGGCGUGGUCGCUCUCCUCAACGACGCGCGCCUGCGCAACAAGCAGAAGCCGCUGGGCUUCCUCAACCCCUGGCUGUACUCCAAGGGCGAGAAGGGUCUGAAUGAUAUCGUCAACGGCGGCAGCACCGGCUGCAACGGUAAGGGCCGUUUCAAGGGUCCCAUCAACGGCGGUCCCGUUGUGCCCUACGCCAGCUGGAACGCUACCAAGGGCUGGGACCCUGUUACGGGUCUGGGCACCCCCGAUUUCUCACAGCUGGUGAAGAUUGCUACCAGCAAAUAA